AUGGCGAGUUUGACUGUUCAGGAGAGGAAUGGGAGAUCCAUGAGGAUGCGACUAUUGCAAAUCGCCGUCAAGCCUUUCCGACCCCUGCUCGUCUCGCCCAGAAAGCCGCCUCCGAAGGCCGAUCGGUUGACUAUGCCGAAAAAGAUCGAGAGGCACUACCGUGUUACCGAGAGAAAAGUCGAUGGGAUCUGGGUGUACGACAUGACACAAAACUCACAGCACCCAGCGCGAGACCCCUCCCCGGCGCAUUGUCACCGACGAAUCUUGUACUUCGCUGGCGGGAGCUGGCAGAUGCCUCCGAGCAAGGCUCACUGGGCUUUCUGCGCCGAGUUGGUCCGCCGGAUGGAGGGCACCAAGGUCACGGUCAUUUCUUGCCCGCUGGCGCCGGAGCAUCCAGUCUCGAUCGCCUUCCCCCACAUUGAAAGGGUCUACAAACAACUCAUGACGGAGUCGACAAAGGCCGGCGAGAAGGUGGUCGUUGCGGGCGAUAGCUCUGGGGGGAACCUUGCAUUGAGCCUCGUCGCCUGGACGCUCAAGACACAGGGAAACGAGGAUUACAACGCGCCCGUGGCGGUCCUGGCGAUCUGUCCGACUACAGAUCUUCGUCACGACCACCCAGAGAUUCAACAGGCUGAGAAGCUGGAUCCCCUUCACACACUCGAGUCUGUGAGAUCGACUGCAAAAGCUUGGUGCCCUGAGCUCCGAAACUUGAGUUCUGACGAAAAGGGGGCCACAGACUGGACUUUCAAUGACCCAAGAGUCUCCCCCAUUCAAGCAGACCUCGGUCUAUUUGGCCAGUAUAAUGUUAGCGUGCAUGGGGUGAUUGGGUCCCGCGACGUUUUGGCUCCAGAGGCCGUCGCGUUCCGGGAUAAAUACGGCCUCAGGGAGGGAAGGGAGGGUAUGGAUUGGAUCAUCAGCGUUCUCAGGAAGCACUGA